CGGGAUUAAUCCCGUCCUGCGGUCCACACGGUUGUUCCCCGGUCGGUCUCUCUGCCUCCUCCCGUUUCACGCGGUCCGCCCUCGCGAUGCCGGUACCACCGCGCCCGGUGCCGCUGGUUCGGGCCCGGUCCUCCGGCUCGGUCAUGUAGGUCCAUCGUCCGCGCUCAGAGGGAAGUUUUCCUCCGGCGACCUGAGGACAGAGGCGGAGGAUCUGUCCACGUCCACGCCAUGGAGCUGUGAGGCCGCCACGCCAGGCAGCCUCGACGAGCGCGAUGGAGGAGGCUGCCACCCAGCUGGAGCGGGAUCACGUGCACAGCGUCUACGACAAGAUCGCCCCGUAUUUCAACGACAGCCGCUACAAGGCCUGGCCGAAGGUGCGGCAGUUCUUGCUGGACCUGCAGCCCGGGAGCAUCGUCGCCGACAUCGGCUGCGGCAAUGGAAAGUAUCUCCACAUCAACCAGGAGGUGUUCAAGCUGGGGUGUGACGUCUGUCGCCCCCUGGUGGACUUUGCCUGGAGCCAAGGACACGAGGUGCAAGUGUGUGACGGGCUGCAUUUGCCUUAUCGGGACGGCUGCUUCGACGCUGUGCUUUCCAUUGCAGUUAUCCAUCAUUUGUCCACCAAAGAGCGUCGUAUUCGAGCAAUAAGGGAGAUGGCGCGCACCCUGCGGGUGGGCGGGCGCAUCAUGAUCUACGUCUGGGCCAUGGAGCAGAAGCGCCGGAAAUUCGAGAAGCAGGACAUCUUCGUGCCCUGGAACCCCAACCCCCAUCUGCCCUGCGGCUUCGGCAGGGAGCCGGCCAAACCCAGGAGGAGGGCGGCGGCGCAGAGCGCCAGCGAAGCCAUAGACACCGCCGACAAGCACAGGAAGGUUCGAAGCACAUCGUCGGUGGCGGACGAGGAGGACCUGGCUCUCCGCGCGCCGCAGCAGAAGACGCAGGCGCUCUGGUUCUUCUCCCGGUCGCUGGACUCCGUGUUCGACUUCGGGAGCUUAGCCAUCUCCCGCUCGUCCUCCCGAGAGCUGAGCACUUUAUCCUCGCCCGCCGGCGAAAACGAGAGGAACAAGGCCGCGCGGCGGGGGCGGGGCCUCAUCAAGCAGGUCUCAAGCUUCUUCUCGCCGCCGUCCGCCAUCGGCUCGGAGGAGGACGUCUUCGAGGCGGACGCGGACGCGCACAAGGGGGAUGGCGUCGCGGAGCACCAGGGCGUGUCCGUGUCUCUGUCCCAGGAGUGCGGCUCCGUGGCGCUGCCGGACCUCAUCCCCCUGCAGGGCCAGGCGGCGCCGCGGGAAAGCACACCCAGUCCUCAGGGCAGCGGGGGCCAGGCAGACGGCUCCUGCCUGAGGUACUACCACGUCUUCAGGGAGGGGGAGCUGGCCGAGCUGAUCCAGAACCACGUGGAGGAGCUCCACGUCAAGCACGCGUACUUCGACCACGCCAACUGGUGCGUGGUGGCGGAGAAAGUCCGCCUGUGGAAGAUCUGACUUUUUACAUGUUUUUAGUUUGCUCGGCUUCACUUCUGCCUCAAGUUUCAGCACUGAGUUACACAUCUGAUGAGUGUGCGGUCAACACAACUCC